GUGCCCCGGCCUGCAGGGGCCGCGAGGGAUGCCUGGGUCCGAGCGGCUCUCCAGCAGCCGCGCACGCGCCGGCUCAGCGCACCCGUGCGAGCAGUGAGCCAGGUGCACGAGUGCACGCACGCCCCGCUCGCCCGAGCCCGGCGGGCCCGCCUGGCGUCCGGUUCCCUCCCGGAGCAGGUCGGUCCGAGAGGCCCGCGGUGCCCCUCCUGGCCGCCCGGAGCGCGCGGAGCGCCGGCGCCGCCAGUUAAAGUGUAGCGGGGCCGGGCCGCCGCCGACCGUCCCUGCACUCUGGCCGAGCUGCCCACGGGAAAGUGAAUCAUCACAUUCGCCCCGUGGAAGUAAGAGGACUUGGGCUGGAAGCAUGUGGUGCAUCCUUCGAGGCUGGAGGCGAGGGAGCCUGGGCCCAUGGGGAGCCCUGGGGCAGCACUGGCCCCGGGGCAUCCGUGCUCUGGCCAGCGAGCGCCCCCGGAUUAGGGGUGAGUACAGCCACGUGGUGGUGGGUGCGGGCUCCGCUGGCUGCGUGCUGGCCGGCCGGCUCACAGAGGAUCCCGACAAGCGAGUGCUGCUGCUGGAGGCCGGGCCCAAGGAUGUGUUUGCGGGGAGCAAGCGGCUCCUGUGGAAGAUCCACAUGCCCGCAGCCCUCGUGGCCAACCUGUGCGAUGACAGGUACAACUGGUGCUACCACACGGAGCCGCAGCCGGGCCUGGACGGCCGCGUGCUGUACUGGCCACGUGGCCGGGUCUGGGGCGGCUCGUCGUCGCUCAAUGCCAUGGUCUACAUCCGUGGGCACGCCGAGGACUACGAGCGCUGGCAGCGGGAGGGCGCGGUGGGCUGGGACUACGCGCACUGCCUGCCCUACUUCCGCAAGGCGCAGGCGCAUGAGCUGGGUGCCGGGAGGUACCGCGGCGGCGACGGCCCCCUGCGGGUGUCCCGGGGCAAGAGCGGCCACCCGCUGCACCGCGCGUUCCUGGAGGCGGCGCAGGAGGCCGGCUACCCCCUCACCGAGGACAUGAACGGCUUCCAGCAAGAGGGCUUCGGCUGGAUGGAUAUGACCAUCCACGAAGGCAAGCGCUGGAGCACGGCCUGUGCGUACCUGCAUCCGGCACUGAGCCGCCCCACCCUCACGGCUGAGACCCAGACAUUUGUGAGCAGGGUGCUGUUUGAAGGUACCCGUGCAGUGGGUGUGGAGUACAUCAAGAACGGCCAGAGCCACAGGGCUUUCGCCAGCAAGGAGGUGAUCCUGAGCGGAGGUGCUAUCAACUCUCCGCAGCUGCUCAUGCUGUCGGGCGUGGGCAAUGCAGACGACCUCAAGCAACUGGGCAUCCCGGUGGUGUGCCACCUUCCCGGAGUUGGCCAGAACCUCCAAGACCACCUGGAGAUAUACAUCCAGCAGGCGUGCACCUCCCCCAUCACCCUCCACUCAGCACAAAAGCCCCUGAGGAAGGUCCGGAUUGGCCUGGAGUGGCUCUGGAAGUUCACAGGGGAUGGAGCCACGGCCCAUCUGGAAACAGGUGGGUUCAUCCGGAGCCAGCCUGGGGUCCCCCACCCGGACAUCCAGUUCCACUUCCUCCCUUCCCAGGUGAUCGACCAUGGGCGGGUCCCCCCACAGCAGGAGGCUUACCAGGUGCAUGUGGGGACCAUGCGGGGCACGAGCGUGGGCUGGCUCAAACUGAGAAGUGCCAACCCCCAUGACCACCCUGUGAUCCAACCCAACUACCUGUCAACAGAAACGGACAUCGAUGACUUCCGUCGGUGUGUGAGGCUGACCAGAGAAAUUUUUGCACAGAAAGCUCUGGCGCCGUUCCGGGGGAAGGAGCUCCAGCCAGGAAGCCACGUCCAGUCGGAUAAGGAGAUAGACGCCUUUGUGCGGGCAAAGGCAGACAGCGCCUACCACCCAUCGUGCACCUGCAAGAUGGGCCAGCCCUCCGACCCCAUGGCAGUGGUGGACCCGCAGACCAGGGUCCUCGGGGUGGAAAACCUCAGGGUGGUCGACGCCUCCAUCAUGCCCAGCGUGGUCAGCGGCAACCUCAACGCCCCCACCAUCAUGAUCGCAGAGAAGGCGGCCGACAUCAUCAAGGGGCGGCCGGCUCUCUGGGACGAGGCUGUCCCUGUCUACAAGCCCAGGACCUUGGCCACCCAGCGCUGAGGCCGUCCCUGAGUAAGAAGGCUCAACACAGCCCUUGGCGCCAAGUGUGCCUUCCUGGCUCUCUCUAGAAUGUUACAAUUUGAUGGCCAAGAAUUGGAUAAUUAAUUUAAGAAAUGAAACCAGUAUUGGUCAGUGAAUCGGGUUCUUUCUUCCCAGCAUGUCCCUGGGGGCCCUCUGGGGAAGGCCGGCAUUCUGGCUGGGGCCCCUCCUCCCUGCCUCCUGGUAGGACAGCAAAGGGGACGGGAGGCUGGUGGAGAACGGGUAACUCUGGCCAGGUCCUU